UCUUUAUAGAGGGGCAUCUGAUGUCGGACUACCCAACAUAGUCUUUCAGAGCAUCGAUACGGACAGCUCCACUCAUCUAUGCCCAUGAAAAAAGCCGAGGAGCCUCCGCGGAUCCAGUCUGAUUCGAGCCGACCUGGAGGAUCCAUACCCACGGGGAGACUUGAACAGCAGAGAGUCGGAAUAUUAACUGAAUAUGAUCUUCAUACGGAUUAUUUUGGAGUCUCUGUGCGCGUAUCAUUGCUGCCCAGACAUUAAUUUAAAAAGACAAAAAAUCUGUGAGUCAUAAAGUGAAGUCUUGUUGUGGACACGGUGAGGACUGUGUGGACACCAGCGCGAGAGCGCAGCGGGGAAAUGCACUUUACGGCCAGUGCGCUCCUGCCCGGCGCUGAUGGCGCGCGCAAUUACACCGGCGAGAAUGACACUCUGAUGCCUAGAGACAGCCUUGUGAUGGGCGGCAGUGUGGCCAACUUCAGCGACGCCGCAGGAAACAACUCAGACCCGUUCGGGCGGAACGAGGAGGUGGCUAAAAUCGAGAUAACUGUCCUGAGCAUCACCUUCGUGGUAGCGGUGGUCGGGAACGUAAGCGUGCUCCUGGCUCUGAACAACAGCGCCAAAAAGAAAAAGAAAAGCUCAAGGGUCCACCUCUUCAUCAAGCACUUGAGCCUAGCGGACCUGGUAGUGGCCUUCUUCCAGGUGCUGCCCCAACUCUGCUGGGAGGUCACCUUUCGCUUCUACGGCCCGGACUUCCUCUGCCGGAUCGUGAAGCACCUGCAGGUGCUGGGCAUGUUCGCCUCCACCUACAUGAUGGUGAUGAUGACCCUGGACCGCUACAUAGCCAUCUGUCACCCGCUCAAGACGCUGCAGCAGCCCACGCAACGCGCGUACGUCAUGAUCGCGUCCACCUGGGCGUGCAGCCUGGUGCUGAGCGCGCCGCAGUACUUCAUCUUCUCCCUGAGCGAGAUCCAGAACGGCUCGGACGUCUACGACUGUUGGGGACACUUCGUCGAGCCUUGGGGCGUGCGCGCUUACAUCACCUGGAUCACCACGGGAAUCUUCCUCAUCCCUGUGGUGGUGCUGGUGAUCUGCUACGGCUUCAUAUGUCGCAGCAUCUGGCAAAAUGUCAAGUACAAGACCCAGAGACGAACGGCAGCGGCAGAAUCCCCGCACAGGAGUGGUCUGAUUGGCAAGGCGUCCGUGAGCAGCGUUACCAUCAUAUCCCGCGCCAAACUAAGAACCGUGAAAAUGACUUUUGUGAUAGUUCUGGCAUACAUUGUGUGCUGGGCUCCCUUUUUCAUCGUGCAGAUGUGGUCCGUAUGGGACGCAAACUUCUCCUGGGACGAUUCUGAGAAUACGGCUGUCACGUUAUCCGCAUUGCUGGCUAGCCUCAACAGCUGCUGUAACCCUUGGAUCUACAUGCUCUUCAGCGGACAUCUGCUCAACGACUUCGUGCGCUGUUUCCCGUGCUGUAGCAGACUUGGCCGCGCGUGCCGCAAGGAUUCGGACGGCAGCUUGCGUAGGACAACCCUACUCACGAGACUGCCUACCACUCGCAACCCAAACGAGGGUUCCGACACGUGGAAGGAUUGUGACAACUCGCGAAAGUCCAGCCAGUCGCUACCGAUGGAGGGAAACUGUAGGUGAACAGGAUGUGUCAAAUGAAAAAGUUGAUGUUAAAGAAAAACAACCAUCAUCACACUACUAUCUUAUCUUAUCACUACUAUCGAAAAAAUGUCGCAUAGGAAGCCUAAUCGCAAAAAACAACUUCCUGACUAUAUAUGAACAAUACCACCGGCACCUGCAUAAGUAUAGGAGUUAAAUUCUGGAGAAGCCCGUGAUGUGAGAAAAGAGAGACUGGGCUUUUGCGCGCAGAGAAAGCCAGCGGCAGAGACCAGAGUGAAUGUUUAAAUACGAAAAGAGUUAUCUAUUCAUAAAGUCUUCAACUCUGAGAACGUUGUAGCCUACCCCAGGGUUUGAGAUCACCGUGUGUCGCCUGUCUGUGAAAGUCCGAGGAAAACAAAAUAACUGUCCAAUGGUCCGGUUGGUUGUAUGCACACUUGUCACCAAAUAGCCCACCCUAACACGGUCUCCAUGACGGCUUGGACUUAAUACGCUAGCGAUGGACUUGCUCAUUUUAUUGCACUUUUGAUGACCACAUGACUAGCAUGAUGAUUUGUAUUUUGCAUUUCUGUUGAAUUUCUGUUUUUGCUUGUGUGUUAAGGCUUGUCCAACGUUUUGGCUGUUUCAACACACACAUUUUGAGCAGCAAGCGAGCACUUAUAUUAGUGUGUGUGUGUGUGUGUGUGUGUGUGUGUGUGUGAGUGUGUGAAAGAGAGAGAGAGAGAGAGAGAGAGAUGUAGGUUUGUCUUGGGGAGUGUUGAUUGAAACUGCUUAAAACAUUACGCACAUGCCAUAUAAAUAUGCUAUGCUCUUAUAAUUGUGGUUAGACACAAACGGCCCAAAACUAUCUGACGCCCAGGUAAAGAAUGUUGCUAUGAAAGCUUGGGGAUUAUCCAUUAACUCUCAAAAAAUAUGGAUCUAUGAAAUCAUGCCCAUCUUUUCCCCUACUCACUAUUAAUUCAAGUUACUAAAUAAGACACAUUCCUUUGCUCUUAUCCCAUAACACUCUCCAUGUGUGCACACUCUGUAAAGAAUAUAUAUAUAUAUAUAUAUAUAUAUAUAUAUAUAUAUAUAUAUAUAUAUAAAUGACUAUAUAAAAAGAGACCAUCUUAACCGCUACAGUGUUUCAUUGUGUGUUUGUGGAUAGGUAGGACAGUUGCUGAG